GGAGCGGGAGAAGCCGGCGCAAUGGUGAAGGAUUCCAGAGACUUGUUGAAAGAAUUUCCACAGCCGAAAAACUUGCUCAACAGUGUGAUUGGAAGAGCCCUGGGGAUCUCUCAUGCAAGAGACAAACUGGUGUAUAUCCACACUAACGGGCCAAGAAAAAAGAAAGUCACUCUGCACAUAAAAUGGCCUAAGAAUGUGGAAGUGGAAGGCUAUGGGACCAAAAAGAUCGAUGCUGAGAGGCAGGCUGCAGCUGCUGCAUGCCAGCUCUUCAAGGGCUGGGGGUUGUUAGGGCCCAGGAACGAGCUGUUUGAUGCUGCAAAGUACCGAAUCCUCGCUGACCAGCUUGGCUGCCCAGAGGACAAGUGGUGCCCCGAAAGCAGAUGGCGUUCCAAGUCUGGACCAUCUCUGGCUGACUUGUCGACUUGUUGGAGACGGGUGGAACCAGAUGACUCCAUCCAGUCCAUGGAGCAAGGCAGGAUGCCUAAAGCGAUGAGAAGAGAGGAGCUGGAGGAAGGGGAGCUAGAGGAGGGGGAAUUGGAGGAAGGGGAGCUGGAAGAAGACACGAUUGAUGUUACUGAUUACCUGUCUAUGGCACAGAACGAAGCUCGGACCCCAGCUAGAGACAUGAGGGGAGGGGCCUCUGUUGAAAUGACAGAUGACAACAAUGCCAUCAAGGCUCUGACCCAGUUCCCUCUACCCAAAAACCUUCUGGCCCAGGUGAUUCAGAUUGCAACCUCUUCCUCCACAGUCAAGGAAUUCAUGCAGUUCCGUACGGUGGGCACCAAGACUAAGAUCUGCAAGCUCACUCUGCGCUGGCCCUGCCCGAUGACCUUCGCUGCCAAGGGCCGCCGCAAGGUUGAGGCCGAGAACAAAGCAGCAGCACUGGCCUGUCAGAAGUUGAAGAGCCUUGGCUUAGUGGACAAGAACAACAACCCACUGAGCCAUGCCAUGUACAACAUGACGUCCCUCAGGGAGCUGGGCGAGAAUCAGAGGAGACCCUGCCACAUCAAAGUCCCUGAGGCCACCCUGCGUAAGAUCGAGAACUACCUGAACCACUACCCGGUGGACUCAAGGGAAUCCAGGCCUCGGAUUGCUGACGACAUGAUGAACCUGAGUAAGGAGUCUGGUGCUAUCAGUGAUGCCAUCACAGGGAAGACCUACACGCCCAUGUCGGAGGGGGAGGAGGUGCGCCUUAGCCAGAACCUCCUGGCCCUUUGGAAGAGAUGGGGUUCAUCGUGGCUGGAAAGCCACCAGCUGCCUGUGGAUCCUCACAAGGACACCAUCUUGUCGGCCAUUGAGCAGAAUCCUGUGGUGGUAAUAGCAGGAGACACUGGCUGUGGGAAAACCACCCGGAUCCCUCAGCUGCUGCUGGAGCGUUACAUCCUGGAGGGGCGCGGUGCCCGCUGCAACGUGGUGAUCACCCAGCCGAGGAGGAUCAGCGCCAUCUCGGUCGCCCAGCGGGUUGCGCAGGAGCUGGGUCCCAACAUGAGGAAGAACGUGGGUUACCAGGUGCGGCUGGAGAGCAAACCGCCAGCCAGGGGAGGAGCCCUGCUCUUCUGCACGGUGGGCAUCCUCCUGCGAAAGCUGCAGGGGAACCCCAGCCUGGAGGGGGUCAGCCAUGUGAUUGUGGACGAGGUCCACGAGCGGGACGUCAACACCGACUUCCUGCUUAUCCUGCUGAAGGGCAUCCAGAAGCUCAACCCCGACCUGCGCCUGGUCCUGAUGAGCGCCACAGGGGACAACCAGCGCUUCUCGCAGUACUUUGGGGACUGCCCCGUGGUCAAGGUGCCAGGUUUCAUGUACCCAGUGAAGGAAUAUUACCUGGAAGAGAUCCUGGCCAAGCUGGGCCGGCACAGACACCGGCACUACGAGCAAUCAGAUGAUGAAUGUGUCCUCGACCUUGAGCUGAUCGCUGACCUUGUGCUCCAGAUCGAUGCCCAUGGAGAGCCAGGCGGGGUCCUCUGCUUCCUUCCUGGCUGGCAGGAGAUCAAAGGAGUGCAGCAGCGCCUGCUGGAAACACUCGGCUCUCAGAACAGCCGGUACCUUGUCUUACCAGUGCACUCCAACAUCCCCAUGAUGGACCAGCAGAACAUCUUCCAGCGGCCCCCGCCAGGAGUGAGAAAGAUUGUCCUGGCUACCAACAUUGCUGAGACCUCCAUCACCAUCAAUGACAUCGUGCAUGUGGUGGACAGCGGCACUCACAAGGAGGAGCGCUAUGACCUCAAAACUAAGGUCUCCUGCCUGGAGACGGUGUGGGUGUCCAAGUCCAAUGUCGUGCAGAGGCGAGGGCGUGCUGGCCGCUGCCAGUCGGGCUUUGCCUAUCACCUCUUCCCUCGCAGCCGCCUGGACAAAAUGCCCACUUUCCAGGUUCCUGAAAUCCUGCGCACUCCCCUGGAGAAUCUGGUGGUGCAGGCCAAGAUCCACAUGCCAGAGAAGACGGCAGUCGAAUUCCUCUCUAAGGCUCUGGAUAGCCCUGACAUCAAAGCUGUGGAUGAAGCUGUGAUCCUCCUGCAGGAAAUUGGAGUGCUGGAUCAGCGGGAAGCCCUCACCACGCUGGGCAAACGCCUGGCCCAGAUCUCCACAGACCCUCGGCUGGCCAAAGCCAUUGUCUUGGCAUCCAUCUAUCGCUGCCUUCAUCCGCUGCUCGUCAUCGUCUCCUGCCUCACUCGGGACCCCUUCAGCAGCAGCCUGCAGAACCGAGCGGAGGUGGACAAGGCGAAGGCCAUUCUGAGUAGAGAGAGCGGGAGCGAUCACCUGGCCUUUGUCAGGGCCGUGGCAGGCUGGGAGGAGGUGCUGAGGCGCAGAGACAGCCGUGCCAGAGAUAACUACCUGCAGGACUACUUCCUCUACGCCCCCAGCCUGCGCUUCAUCAACGGCCUUGUCAAGCAGUUCUCUGAGAACAUCUACGAAACCUUCCUGGUGUCGGCGCCCUCAGACUGCACCAUGCCCUCUGCGGCCUGCAACCAGUACAGCGAGGAGGAGGAGCUGGUGAAAGGCGUCCUCAUGGCCGGCCUCUACCCCAACCUCAUCCAGGUGAGACAAGGCAAAGUCACCCGGCAGGGAAAGUUCAAGCCCAACAGUUACUCCUAUCGGACAAAGGCUGGCACCGUCCUGCUGCACAAGUCGACCAUCAACAGGCAAGCCUCUAAGCUGUACAGCCGCUGGCUGACGUACUUCAUGGCGGUGAAGUCCAACGGCGGGGUGUUUGUGCGGGACUCCUCCCAGGUCCAUCCGCUGGCUGUGCUGCUAAUGACUGACACGGAUAUCCACGUCCGAGACGAUGGCUGGCGGGCGACGGUCUCUCUGACCGACAGUGACCUUCUGGUACUGGAAGGAGACUCGUACACGAUCCGCCUCUUGCGUGAUUUCCGCGUGUCGCUCUCCAAGAUGGUGGAGACCUGCCUGUGUUACGAAAUGUCUGCUAUCCCGGGGGACCUGCACCAUCAGCACAGCCAGCUGCUUGACAUCCUGGUGGAUCUGCUCAAGGGACCUCCUGGCAGCUUUGGCGCCUAGACAGAGGUGGAGGAUUGAGCGUGGGGACUUGUAAUUUGUAUAAAGAUGUUCACAAAUGUUUAUUUAAAUAAAGUUCUAUUUAUCCCUUGUGAAGUCAUCUCUCUCCAUCCUAGAAGAUCAGUGUUGUCAGAAUCUCCUGCUGUUGGCUCCAGGCAUGGUCAUCGUGUAGGAGGAACCAGCGC